AUGAACUUCGUAUACGCCCUUUUCAUACCGCUGGGAGUUUUAAUCGCUUACAACAUAAUCGCAAGGUCGUCAGCAGCCAAGCAUGAAGUCACUUACCUCUCGUUCCUUAUCUCUAUUGUACUCACAUCCUUCAUCACUGACAUCAUCAAGAACGCUGUGGGUAGACCUCGUCCUGAUCUGCUAGACCGUUGCAAGCCCGCAAUCGGCACAAAGGCCAACACCCUUGUUACCAUCGAUGUCUGCACGGCAGAAGAUGGCCACAUACUACAAGAGGGCUGGCGAUCAUUCCCUUCUGGCCACUCAUCCUUCUCAUUCGCUGGCCUUGGUUUUCUCAGCCUCUUCCUCGCCGGCCAACUCCAUGUGUUCCGUUACUCGGCUGGCGGUCGUGAUCUAAGCCGCGCGUUGGUCUGCCUACUGCCGCUCAUCGGCGCUGGUCUAGUCGCUAUAUCGAGAUGCGAGGAUUAUCGCCACGACGUCUACGAUGUCUGCGUAGGCUCAGCUCUGGGCAUGAGCAUUGCGUAUUGGAGCUACAGACGGCACUUUCCUCGCCUCUCAAGUACGAAAUGCGACGAGCCUUAUCCACGACCAGGAGUUGAUACUCAGCCGGGAUGGCAACGAAUCACCGAUGAUGAGGAGGCAGCAAGAGGGACAGAUGUAGGAUUCGAGAUGGAAAACUUGAGAGGUUCGCGACGCUGA